UGAGCCGCUUCAGUGCACGAAGUCUGAGCUUCCUCAGCUGACGAAAACAUCGAAGCUAGGAGCAUAGUGUGUUCAUGUUACUCUACAUCAGCUUUACAGGAAUGUAGUGCGAUAUGGCCUCUAAAGGUACAAAAUACGUCGAGCUGCCAGUAUAUGUCAUAAACAUUGGCCUCUUGUAUGGUGUUUUAGUCACGAGUGGUCUAGUGCUAGCGUGGGUAACAAUAUACCGCCAUGAACAGAGUAUUGCAGAGUUGAGACUAAUGUUGAAUACACAAGAGGUUGAAAACAAAGUGUAUCCAUCUCAAGCUGUCAAUACUGCGGUCGUUACGAGUGGUAAAAACGACAUCCUUAUACAGGAAGACGAUGACGAGGAAAUAGACGAGAGUCGUCCUCGGUUAAGACGAGCCAAAGGAAAGAAAAGAAAAAGGAAAACUGAGUGCAACGAAAAAUGUGUCGGCCAAAAAGGUGCAAAAGGCGAAAAAGGUGCAAAGGGAAAAAAAGGAAGAGGAAAACCGGGUAAGACUGGACCUCGUGGACCGCGGGGGGAUCGUGGUGAAAGAGGUUUUCAAGGGCCUACGGGUAAUACAGGUGAUAAAGGUGAUAGAGGAAUUGUUGGUAAUAUAGGAGAUAAAGGAGAAAAGGGGGAUAAAGGAGAAGAAGGUAUUCCUGGAAUAAAAGGAGAUGAAGGAAAACCAGGAGAAGCAUUGAUGUACUCAGAAUCAGCCCAUAUUGUUGGUAGCGGUGAUAUGGUUCCCUCUGCCCCAGCUCCUGGAGAUGUUUAUAAAAUCACAUCCUGGAAGGAACAACAUCGAUCUGGUGAAAUGGAAUAUGACCAAAAUGGCCAUUUAACCAUAAACAUCGAGGGUGUUUACUUUGUUUACAGUCAAAUGUUUUAUUUUGAUCGUAACAACACUUACACAGGUUUCAAUGUUUAUGUUGACAACAGAAGAAUCUUGAAAGCGAUAUACAGCAUCGUCGAUUUUCAUAGACCAUACCAUACUCAAUUUAUAAGUGGAGUUUUUAAGAUCAACAAGGGCCAGCGUAUUUGGGUAGGAACAACAAUUAAAAGAAAAUAUUUUUUCAACGAAAGUUCGGCAUUUUUUGGUGCAUUUAUGUUGCAUCCUUAACGCAUACGAUUAUCGCUGUAAGAUUGAGAGAACAAGCGUAUGAAGUCUUUUGUAAAGUCCUAGCCUUUUGUAAAUAAAUCAUCUCCCAUCAAUCAUUUACCAUAAUAUUACGCCACUAGUCCACAUGUGAUUCUACAGUAAUGAUUUGAAUUAUCAAGACCACCUCUUUUUUAUCAAAUACUAAAAACUAAACUAUACACCUUAUUUAAAUUCAACCUAACGAGAACGUUUAAAAGCGGAAACAAAUAUGUUCAAUCAUAUGGUUUAAUCAUUAGAACUCCAGGAUUAUCAAUGGAUAGUAUCGUGAACGAAACAAGAGGGAUACAAGGUGAAAAUGAGACUGUUUUUAGACGCAAAAAUUUUAUAAAAAAAAUUAAAAAACAUCUUUUUAUAACGGCAUCUCAAUCGUCUUCUUUAUUAUGGUAAAUCAUUAUGGUAAAUCAUUAUGGGAUCAUGCAUAUUCUGGCCGGCAUUAAUAAAAUAAAUAGAAUUUCUGUUUUUAAAAGAAAUUUCAGCAAUUUGUAGAAAAAAUAUAACACACAAGAUUGUAAAUAACUUUGGGAAGCAUUCAUUUGUAUUGGGUAAUGAUAUAAAAUGUAAAUAUUAAUUGUAGAUACUGUUUCCUAAAUUGAUAAUAUUAAAUUGCUUUAGCUAUGAUCCUGUUACAUUACUAACAAACCAAUAACAAACCAAUGCAAACUAUCUUGCUAUAGACAGAUCGACUAUAGGUACGAUUCAGGUAUUUCAUAAAGUUUCUUAAAUAAAUAGCUAACAUCUGUAGGUAGUAUUAUACAUAUAUUUAAUUUCUCCUCAGGUAUCAAGAUCAUGCAUAGUUCGUUGUGCUCAACCCACAGGCAUUCUUUUUCCGUUUUAUUAAUAUUACACUAUGUAUAGUAUACAUUCAAGGUUUUCUAUUCAAGGUUUUCUACCAACUUUUUAAUUCAUAUUAAAUGUUAUUCACAUGCCAAUGUGUGUUCAUUUUGUUGGAUUCGAUUUCUCUGUGAUUAAAAACAGCGUGCAGGAC